AGUGUGAUUCUAACAUCUUCAGUGUCAAGGUCUUUCGCUUGUUUCUCUCUCGCGAUCGCGCGACCAGACUUCUUUUUUUUUUCUCUUCCACCACAACUUCCCACCAGAGGAAUAAUAGAGAGACGUUUGCAUCUCAUAGCAUAACUUGGCAAGAUAUUGCAGUAGUCAGUUGAUGAUCACACUGUGGUGGACAAGUGCACUGCCGUUGAGAGUGUCCACCAUUACCGCAUUUGUGGGGGCGAUCUUGAGGAUUUUUUUUUUCAAGAAAGAAAUCAAAAUGUUUUCCAGCAAAGGUGACAAGAUGCAGUGAGCCAAAGAGAAAAACAUUUCUCCUGCACAACAUUUGCACGUGAUCGUGAUUUUGGAAGGAUUGUGGUGAUCUUCAGGUGUUUCUCAGGUGAUCACUGCAAGCAAUCUUCGCACGCGAUCUUGCGGGGCGAUCUUGAGGCAAUCUUCCCAGAAAGAAAAAAAAAAAGCUAAAACUCCCUGGGAAUCGAUGUCACUAAUUCAGAGUUGUGGUCAAAAAAGACAUCGGUGAAAGACGAAGGAAGAAAAAAAAGCGAAGCAUAUAAAGCACAGUUGGGGCAAUAAGACGGGGCAACCUGAGAGAGAUUUUGCCGUGUGUUGAUCGCAAUUGAAAGAAAGCAGCGAAGCCAAGAGUCGAUCGAAUUAUCAUGGAAUUCUUGAGUGUGAGGAGCAAACCGUUAGCCAAAUAACAGUUCUGUUGUGGUGUUUCUUGGCUAUGUCAGUGUAUUGCUCUCUUCGGUGCUUUGGUGAAGAGUUCAUAAUUUUCAAUGCAGCCACCUCAUGAGUGUGGCUCGUUGUCUUCCCCAAUCCCGCACAUUUUGCCACUGUGACACGACAGCUUAUUUGUUUCUGUGAUAAGAGAAAAAGUGAAAAUUUCCCGCCCCACACAAACCAACAUUUUUCCCAACAAAAAUUUCUGCUGCAAGCAUCCAAAACGAAUGAUAAUGCCAAGUGAAACUAUAUUGGUGCAUUACAUAUUGCUGUGAAUUGGUGCUUUCUGUUGUAGCUUUUUUUUAAAGAAUUUAAAAUUUAUUAAAUAAGAAGAAGCUACGAUAUUCUUCUCCUCUCUCUAACCUCUCGGUGGUGUGGUGUUUGUGCGUGAGAUCUUUUCGGGAUUUUUCUUUUUAAUUUGGAGGAAUAAAAAAAAGAGAAACCAAAAUCCUGCAUUUAUCAACCGAAAGAUCGCUGCGCGAAGGAAUAAAAGAGAAGUUGCAGUUGGUGAAUCAUUGGAUCAACUCUCACACACCCACAUAAGGAGAAAGAUGUACAAGACACAGCAAGGAGGAUCUCGAUGGAGACAAUGGAGUCACAAAGUUCUCGGGGCAAUUCUCAUUCUCAUCUCUAUGGCGGUGUGCCAUUCAUCUCCAGUCUACUUGAAGAAUUCUCACCAUUUGUCACACUAUCAAUCGGGUCGCAACAUCCGGCAUCUACCGUGCAAAAUUCGACGAUCUGGCGAAGAAGGAAUUUGCAUGUUUGCCAUCGAUUGUCUCAAAUCCAAUGGCACACAUCUUGGCACCUGCAUAGAUAGAUUCUACUUUGGGUCGUGCUGUCACAUAAAGGACGAUCAACUGCUGGUUGAGACGGAAAUAAGUGACAAUAGUAUAGAUGAGAAUACAAUUUCUCACUUUCUUCAUCAGCAAACGCAUUCAAGUAGUAGUACGGUACGACCCUCAUUGGAGGGUGAGUUGCCCGAAAGGACGGAGAGACCAUUGGUACCCGUGUCAACAAUUUCAGCCACCACUAGUCACAUUUUAUCGUCGUCAGAAAGUAGCGUUCCAGCACUUCAUCAUCAUUAUACGACCAAUUAUGAUGUUAUUAGCGUAUCUUCCUCUUCUUCACCGUCAUCCUCAUCGAAUAAAACGUCGCCGGUGCCCUCUUCCACAUUGAGUACACCGUUAGAAGAAACGAGAUUCACAUCACCUGUACCUUUGCCCACAACAACACCUGAAAAUGUUAAAUUGUCCACAUUUCAAUCAGUGGAGGUUGUCACGAAAACCCCCGCUGAGGAGGUCACUACAACACCUGCAACCACCCACAGUACACGCUAUCCAACGCGAAGAACAACAACUGAGGCACCAAUUACAACUAGUAGUACUACAGUCAAGUCAUCAUCAUUUAGUCCCAAACCCAAGCCAAAGCCUUCAAAGCGUCCAGCAUCAACGAAGAAGCCCACAACAGCUACAUCAACCACAAGUCGUCCAAAACCAACGAGACGACCCACAACAACAGCACAAAAUGUUACGUCGGUAACGAAGAAGCCUUCGAGGAAACCCACAACGGAGACAACAACACCUACUCCGAUAAUUCCCACGAGGAAGAAGACCACAACGGCUUCUCCCAAAACUACUGCAGCACCGAAAAAUACCACAGCAACUCCGGAGACGACCACAAGGAGCGCUGUGAAGGAGAGUUCGACAACAACCACCACGAUAGCAACACCCACAACUACGGUAGCUACGAAAAACACUGAAAAGCCUGUUACAAUUGCAAAACCGGCAACAACGGCCAAACCAGUAACUACGGCAAAACCAGUAACUACGGCAAAACCAGUAACAACAACAACACCUAGGCCAGAAACAACAUCAAAACCAGCAACAACAGCAACACCAAUUACAACAGCAAUUCCAUUGACAACAAAACAACCAUUUGGAACGGAUGAAGAGGAGAAGCCCUUAACAACACUUAGCUUCGUAGAGACAACGAAAGCUCCUCGGCCUAAGCCCAAACCAACGUCUUCUAUUGUUAUUGUUCCUCCAACAACAAUUGCAACAGUAGAACAAAUGGAAAGUAGCACGGUUGCAGAUGUUCAAACAUCAGUUAGUACAGAAAAUGCAACGUUAACGUCUCAUUCAACAACCGCAGCGCAAAUGAUAAAUCAGACAACAGUUGAAGCGACAACACUACCAUCAGGACUUGUUACGUGGACAACUAUUGAUGAGAGUGAAAAGAAUAAGACAGCGAGCACCACCGAAGGAUGGAUACCUCUGCAAACAAUCCCAGUGGAAACAACAUCGGAAGCAGCUCCUGCAACCGAGGCAAUAAAUGCAACAACAUCAGCUGCGGGAAAUUUCUCCGUGUCAACUGAGACAACAGUGGCAGUAGGAAAUGCUACAGAUGGGACAAACACCACAGCUGGAGAUUUAGGGCAGAACAGUACAUCCGAGGCUACAACGCCCAUGCCGUCGUUGGAAGGAAUUGACUACAGACAGAUCUGUGGGAAGCGAAUGUUUCCGGAGCCAAGAAUUGUCGGUGGUACAAAGGCAUCAUUUGGACGGUGGCCAUGGCAAAUCUCACUGCGACAGUGGCGAACAUCGACCUAUUUGCACAAAUGUGGAGCGGCACUUCUCAAUGAGAAUUGGGCAAUCACAGCGGCUCAUUGUGUCGACAAUGUUCCCCCAUCGGAUUUACUCUUGCGUCUUGGAGAGUACGAUUUGGCGGAAGAAGAGGAGCCCUAUGGGUAUCAAGAGCGUCGUGUACAAAUUGUAGCAUCACAUCCUCAAUUUGACCCGAGAACCUUUGAGUACGAUCUUGCCCUUCUCAGAUUCUACGAACCGGUGAUCUUCCAGCCAAACAUCAUUCCCGUCUGUGUUCCUGACUCAGAUGAGAAUUUUAUUGGGAGGACAGCCUAUGUAACGGGUUGGGGGAGACUCUACGAAGAUGGACCCCUACCGAGUGUCCUACAAGAAGUGACUGUUCCUGUGAUAGAGAACUCAAUUUGUGAGGCAAUGUACCGAAGAGCGGGCUACAUCGAGCACAUUCCGCACAUUUUCAUCUGUGCCGGUUGGAAGAAUGGUGGCUUCGACUCCUGCGAAGGUGACUCGGGUGGUCCAAUGGUUAUUCAGCGUCACGACAAACGCUUCCAACUAGCUGGUGUGAUAUCAUGGGGUAUUGGAUGUGCAGAACCCAAUCAACCCGGAGUCUACACGCGAAUCUCCGAAUUCCGCGAUUGGAUUAAUCAAAUUCUGCAAUUCUGAGCAACAACGUGAACAAAUUCUUGUCCUUAAAAAAAGUGUUUCAAAGUGAUGUGCUUCGCGGGAGAUUUUUCAAGAAUUUUCCUCAUAAAAAUUUGAGAAAAUUAAGGAGCUUCCAUGGCACGAAAAUUUCAGAGAAUAAAUCUGAAAAAAAAUUGAGGGACAAAACAGUGACUGUCCUAAUACGAUUUAAUUCUUAUAGUUAUUGUUAAAAAAGAUUUUUUUUAUUAAAUUUCUUGUUCAAAAUAGUUAUAUGUUAUCUUCAAAAAAAAAAAUGUGGUUUUCUCGCAAUUUGAGAAAAUAUAUAAAUAAAUAUUAUUUAAUAAAAAGACAACAAUUAGUGUGUAAAUAGUGCUAAAAAAAAAAUUAGUUGAAAAAAAUGUGUGUGAAUGAAUCAAAAUGAUUAACUGAAGAAUUCUUUUUUAAUGCAAAAAAAUAGUAAAAGGAUUUUUAUAGAAAAAUUGUGGACUAGAAAAAACUAAAUAGGUAAAAGAAAAACCAGUGAUUAAGUUAUUUGCAAUUCAAAAAUAUCAACUAUAUAUAAUGUUAAAUCCUCAUCUCACGAGAUGAUAAAAUAUAUAAAUAAAUUAUUUAUAUUUUUAUUAUUUAUUCUUCUCCAUCGACUUCCUUCCACCUUUGGAGCAUAAUUCCCUUCUUAAGAAAACAACAACACUAAAAAAAUCAACAGCACAAUUUUUGCAUAAAUUUAAAUACUCCGUGUACACUCUUUUAUGUAAAUAACACAAUGAACAAAAUAUAAUGUAUAGAAAUAUAUAUAAAAAAUGGUGUAAGAAAAAAAUCUAUAAGAAAUCUGAGAAUAAAAUAUUGUGUGAGUCUUUUUCAAAAAAAGAACACAAGAAAAA